AUGCCGCCGGCAAUCCUCGCCUCGGAGCGGCUGCUGCUCCCAGUCGCUUCGGCACAAAGGCGAUUCACAGCAUGCGCUGCGCGGCGCAGCAAGAACGCAGCUGUAGUAGACGUAUAUGACGCCGAGCAGAUCCAGGUGCUGGAAGGCCUUGAGCCGGUCCGCAAGCGCCCCGGCAUGUACAUAGGCAGCACCGGCGCCCGCGGCCUCCACCACCUGCUGUGGGAGGUGCUGGACAACGCGGUGGACGAGGUGCAGGCGGGCCACGCCACACGCGUCGAUGUGGAGGUCGAUGUGGCCAGCGGACGCGUCACAGUCGCUGACGACGGCCGCGGCAUCCCCACUGGCGUGCACCCCCGCACCGGCGUGAGCGCGCUGGAGACGGUCCUCACGGUGCUGCACGCGGGUGGCAAGUUUGGCAAUGCGGACGGCGGGCCGGGGGGCUACCGCGUGAGCGGGGGGCUUCACGGCGUCGGCAUCAGCGUGGUCAACGCGCUGAGCGAGCACCUCAAGGUCGAGGUGUGGCGCGGCGGCCGCGCCUACUGCCAGACCUUCAGCCGCGGCGCCCCCCAAUCGGCCAUGACCGACCGCCCCACCGUCCGGGGGGAGCCAACCAGCGGGACGCGCGUUGAGUUCUCAUUUGACAGGACGGUCUUCGCGGCGGGGGUCGCGUUUGAUCCAGAGAUCGUCGCCGCGCGGCUGCGGGAGAUCGCGUUUCUGAACUCAGCAGCCACCCUGCGCCUGAGGGUGACGGGCGGCAAGCAGCCUGCGGCCAUCCAUCCGGUGGUGGUGCACUCCGCACCCGCGGCGGCGCCAAAGCGGCGGCGGAGCACGAAGGCUGCGGCUGGGGAGGCAGACGGGGGCGUGGACGAGACGGGCGCAGCGGCGGCGGCGGCGGCGGAAGCGUCGAAUGGGAACGGGACGGCCGCGGCGGUGGGGCCGUUGGGGGGCGCCGUUGAUGCAGAGGGGUGGCAGGUGUUCCAUUUUGAGGGCGGGCUUCAGGAGUACGUGCAGUGGCUGAAUCGCGACAAGCAGACGCUGCACGCGCCGCUGUCGUUUGUGGCGAGCUCCGAGGGCGUGGAGGUCGGCGCCGCGCUGCAGUGGUGCGCCGACUCGUUCAGUGACGUCACCGUGGGCUUUGCCAACAGCAUCAAGACCGUCGACGGUGGCAGCCACAUGGACGGCCUCAGGGCCGCCCUCACGCGGCUGGUCAACGUGCUGGCCAAGAAGAACAAGCUGCUGAAGGAGGGUGACCCCAGCCUGUCGGGUGACCACGUGAGGGAGGGCCUCGGGGCCGUCAUCAGCGUCAAGGUGUCCUCCCCGGAAUUUGAGGGCCAAACCAAGACGCGCCUGGGCAACCCCGAGGUGCGGCGCAUCGUCGACACACUCGUCACCCGGGAGGUCUCAGACUGGCUGGAGCAGCACCCCCCGGCACUGGCCGCCGUGGUGGCCAAGGCCCUCACGGCCGCGCGCGCGGCGGACGCCGCGCGGCGCGCGCGGGAGCUGGGAGGCGACUGA